AGCCGAUAGAGGCAGUGGUGUGCUGAAUCAACUACAACACACACCUAGCCAAAAAAGCAGAAGAAGACAAGGCAGCUGACAUGUCAACCUACAGUUUUACUACAGCAUGACCCAGUUGGACAGCAGUACUGUCAUUUUGGACUGGCUUGACAGCGUCUCCUUUGAAAUUACAUCUGCAAAACUACAGUAUGUCUGAAAGGUCAAGAAAAAGGAAGCACAAGAGGUCCUCUAAAGAAGAGGAGACAUCCACAAACCAACUAACCUCUGACAGGUCCAAGAGGAGGCACAAUGACAGCCACUCUAGCCAUUCUAAGCAACACAGAGAGCAUGGUUCACAUAUGGAAAAGGAAAGCCGCCGAAUCAAGAAGGCUGAAUACAAACACUCUACUCGUGAACAUACAGACAAAAGACGGCGGGUUUCUCAGACGGAUGCGGCUGAUUCAAAGACAAAUAUUGCUUCUGCUUCAACGCACAAUAUUACCCUUCUUAAAAUGCAGCAUAGGUUUGUAGGGAAAGAUGAUGUUGCCAGUAGGAGUAAAAUAAAGGAAACAAGAACGUCAAGAUCCCAGAGCAUCUUGAAAUCAGACACAGAUCAUCGAAGAAAAGAAAAACACUCUAAAUAUAGUUCAGAUAAAAAGUCUCACCAUGUGGGCGAACCCAAUUUUAAAAAGAGAUGUCCCAGUUAUGGUACAGAGGAACGGCGGAAUACAUUUCGGGAUUUGCUGAAGAGCAAAUGCAAAGAUGUAGAAAUACAGAAGGCUCAAAAUGAGAGCAAAACAGAAGAGAACAAGAAAGAAACCCAAACAAGUAUCAUUAAAGCGACAUCUCGGGAAAGUCAAGAAUUGUUGGUAGAAGAAAAAGAAAUAUUGGAUACGAAACCAUCCACAGACUCAACUGAACAGCAGUUUUCUAUUUCUACCAAGCCCAAAAUGUCCUCCAAAAUUGCUAAGUCAUUAGAUGCGAUUCCCAAAAUAUCUCCUACGACACCUGUACAUUUCAAUUUCAAGAUACCAAAGAAAGUUAAACCAGGGUUCGCUAAGACAAACACAAGUGAGAGGAGUGAUGUUACCAAAACAAGCAAGACCGGCACAUGUACGACUGAGCACGCUGUCUUGAAGGCCUCAGCAAACUCUGUGGAUGUUUCUCCAAGUUCUUUAAAGUCAUUUGAAAGAAAAGAUGAAAGUCCAUCUUCGUCAAUUGUCCCCCCCAGCACAUGUGAUGUCAUUGCAGAAGAGACGAUUGAACAGAUGCAAGUCGCAGAAGAGCUUCACCUUGCCCGGACAGAGAAGAGAUUAGAGGUGGAUAUAAUGCAGAGCUAUGGAGAGCUUACCUGUAUGGACAUAGACCCCCCAGAAGAGAGCAGGACAAAUACUCUAUGCAAACAACCUGCUAACCAAGAUGUGAUCCUCGUUUUGGACACCAACAUUCUCCUCAGUCACUUGGAUUAUGUGAAAAACAUGCCAAAACGUGGCCUUGGAGCUUUUGGUAUUCCAAUUGUCCUGAUUCCAUGGGUGGUACUUCAGGAACUGGAUUCUUUAAAAAAGGGAAAAGGCCUCAAGGAUUGCGUGGCCCAUCUGGCCUGUCCUGCCAUUUCUUACAUUUACAAUUCUUUGAAACUGCGAGAACGUCACCUUUGGGGGCAGUCAAUGCAGCAGGCAGCUGAAAUUAAUAAUAGUCUGAUUGCUGAGAAUAAUGAUGACAAAGUGCUGCAGUGCUGCCUUCAGUAUCAAAAUUUGUACCCAGGCUGUGCUGUCAUCCUGUGCACAAAUGAUAAGAAUCUAUGCAGUAAGGCUGUCCUCAGUGGGGUUAAAGCCUUGAGCAAGACUGACUUGGAGGCAGAGGUUGAGCAGUCACAGCAAAGCCUUAACAACCUACAAAGCACUAUCCUCCAGAGGCUUCCCCAAAUCGAUCUGCCAAUGUCUGCACCAAUACCCGAAAGAGGCUGUACCCAAGCUCCAUCUUUUACUAAAGAAUGCCUGUCUUUGUGUCUCCCAGAAGAAGAGAGAAAAAGUCCUGCGGUGGAAGAUGAGGAGAAAAUAAAUAGAUGCAUCCCUGAGUUUGAAGAAUGCCUGCAGGAGGUGCUGUCUAAUGUGCUUGAGAUGGAGAUGAAAGCAGUUUAUAAUGAGUUAUGGAAAGAGAUCAUCUACAGAACACCACCUUGGAAUCUUCUUGACAUUUUGCAAUGUUUGAAAAAGCACUGGAUAGCAGUAUUUGGCUUCAUUGUCCCACGAUCUAUGCUGCAAACAGUUUUGAAUCUCAUUAACUUCUUUCAACAAGGUCACUCAAGAGACCUGAGGUCUACACUGGUGACGCUCCAAGAAGCAAAGGAGUUUGUUAAAGCAUUUAGACAAAGGUCUAGUCUUGUUCCCAAGGCACUAACUGCAAUGGACAAUAUUGUUCAAAAGCUGAAAACUAAGCAUGAGUCAGAUGACUGUGAUGUUGUGAUGAAUGAGGAGAAUGAAGCCAAACACACCCCUACUGCUCAUGUCCAUCACCAUGAAGUCUGGGCUAUGUUUGAGAACAUCUGGUGCAAAGUUUGUGAAAUAAGCUUGGAAGUGUUCAAAGCUCUGGCCUUUGAUCCUCAUACCAGACAGAGUGCUUUGCCAGUAGGAGGUCCUGCUCCACCACAGGAUGCUGUGGUCUGUCUGAGCCAAAUAUCCUCCACAGUCUCGCAGCUGCUCCAAGCCUUCAUCAGUGUUCUGUCUUCCCCUGGUUUACAAGAAGUGCAGCUGCUUCUCAGCAUGAUCAGAUCAAAUAAGAUGGUUGACGUUAAUUCCAGACUGGUGGACACGGACCUGCUCAAUUGUUUCUCACAACAGGACUAUAGAGAGAAGCUGAGAGUUGGAGUGAACCAGCUAAAGGAGCUCAAGGACGUUUUGGACCACUGCGUUCAGGCUAUGGGUCUGCACGCCAGUUUAAACAUGUAGCUUUUCCAGGACCAAUGAGUCCAGGUCUGGUUAAUGCCUCAGGUUUGAUUGACUAUCAGUGAUGCUCAUAUCACAUUGGCUUCAAAUGUAACACAAGUUAUUUAAGUGCUUGAUGUGUUUACAUUGGGCUAAAAAGAGAUAGAAAAGUGAAUGUAAAAUACUGAUUGAUCCUUUUUUAGCUGGAUGUCUUCUUUAGGUUGUCCAGGAUAUGACUAAAGAAUACUCCAACUGCAGCCAAGUGCAACCAAGUUUAUUUGGCAAUGUUCCUCAUCCGCAUAACUGAAAGCCUGUAUAUUUGUUCAUAUUGUUCCUAUUAAUUGUUUACUGUAAUGUGCAUAAAAUACAAUUGUUCUUUUUUCACACUAAAUAUUUUUAUAUAGUUUUGGAUAUUUGUUGUUUUUUUUAAACUGUGUUAGACAACCAUUUUUGCCCACAUAUAAUGUGCUCUAUUUGAUUUCCAUUGUUUCGGGAACACAACUGCUCAUUAACUGGCAAUUUCUUUCCUUCUUUUGCUCGCCUUUCUUUUCUUCCUUCCUUCUCCUGUAUGUAUAGAUAUUUAUGGCCCACCAUGUUGUACAGUGACAAGAAAAGGUUUGGGUAUGCCCAGGGUGGCCAAACUUAUGCAUCUCAUGUUCCCAUUGAUCUCCCAUUCAAGUAUACAGUGACAUGCAAAGGUUUGGGUACCCUGGGCAUGCCCUAAUUGUUUCAUGACUGUACAUACUGUAUUUUUUUUCUUUGUAAAAAGUCAAACUUUUGGUUAUUUUGUUGAUGCCCACUGACUGUUGCUUAAAGCAAGUAUUAUUUAAAGAUUUAAACUGAUGUUAAAAUGGUUCG